AUGUCGACUAAAGAUGCCCAGACAAAGUCACGACCUGAAACAAUCCCUAUGGAUCUCUCGUCCAUUAUUUACUCAUUCCCAUCUACUAGCGCACCGUCCGCAUCCAUUACUGCUGAUCCGAAAGUUGACUUCAGCGGUAUGAUUCAUUCUCUAACUUUUCACAAGCCUUAUCGUCCUGUCCGAUCCACCAACCUGACGGCUAAAUCAACUUCGGGACUCCUGACUGGUGCGACCUCUACAUCGUCGGUCAACAAAACUGGUGAAAAUACCGGGAGAAGUGUAGGGCCAAUCAAUUCCACUGCGGGAGAAUCAAGCGGCGCUCAGACGUCUCCAACUACUUUUGCCUCAAACACAAGUGCCAGAGAUGAGAAUCGUUUCACCGUAGUCCCACAUUGGAUCAUCGAAUUGGAAGAUGUUGGACUUCGUUCUCGAGUUUUCGACGCAUUUGAUCAUCUCCUCGAACAAACUGUCCGAGAGGGACAAAUCUUCGCCGCCCAAUUGGACGAUCUCGAUCUUGAUGAAGAGGAUAAAACCAAACUAAAAGAUAUCCACACUGUGAGAGCGAACAAAGCUCCUCAAUACGUAGAAUACCGUAAUUUUGAUCCUGGCGAAGAAGCCUUUUUACUUCAUCAGAUCAAUCGUACUUAUCAUUCAACUUUCCCGACCACGAAUCCCAUGUCGAAAGAUUCAUUCGUACCACAUGAUUUGUUGGUUUUGACCGAUAACGUGAAAGCAUUGGUGGAUUCGGAAAGAUUCACUGAAGCGUCCAGAUGGUUCGACUAUCUUUCGGAUACAAAGGCAAUCAAGUCGUAUCAAAAAAGUUCGGUUCAGGUUGCUACGUUCUGUGCGGGACGAUUAUUGAAAGGAAAAGCUAUUGGGAAUGGAACAACGGCGUAUUUGGAGGAUCCGUCGUCUUACAAGCUUUGGGAGAGAUAUGAGAGAGUUACUGCAAAGCCCCAGGAUGAUGAAGAGACGAUUAAUGUAGAGAUGAUUGAUGAUGUGACUCAGGACGGCAAGACUAUGGAUGGAGCGGAGGUGAUCUGA